ACUUUGAAGUUAACACAGCACAUACACAGGCACACACAAACACACCCAACUUAAAUAUACUUAAUUGAGUCUCGACAUGGAAGCUUUACGACGCUUCAAGACAAGGAGCCACAUCGUUUCGGCGCUACCAUCCAAUCAGCGGGAGGACUUCUAUUUGCGUCUAGUAGACCUCUAUGGGCAAUACGAGUGUCUAUGGAACAGCAACUGUCUGGAAUUUCAAAAUGUUGCUGUCAAACGGCGAGCCUGGGAGUCUAUUGCACGAGCCCUGGGGGGUCGAGUGACCGCCGAGUUCGUGAAGAAUCGCAUCAAUGGCAUGCGCUAUAGACUAAAUGUCUACAAACUGCAGGAAAUUGAAUAUGAAAUGAGCGCAGGCCAAAGCAAGCGACCGGAGAAGCUCUUCUACAUGGAUCGCUUUGCUUUUCUGGACAAGGUCUCGGCGGUGGCGAAUGAAGAGGCGCUGCUAAAAGAGAGCAAAAGUUCUGGUAGCCUUUUGGACUCGAUCAAGGCAAAGUCUGAAACCUCCACAACGUCCAGCUCUAAGUCGGAAGUGUCAAAGCCGCCAAGCAUAGCCUCUAUAGUCAAGCAGCGUCUUCUGCAGGAUCAGCGUCUUCGUAACUUGACCGCAACACGCGAAAGACUGGAAAGUGACAUUGCGUCGGCUAAUCGACCUCAAUCGACAUUGUUCACACCGCCUCCAUCGUCUCCGCAGCUGAUAGCGUAUCCAGGCGAGUCGAUAUCGCGCACCCAGAUGUCCACGCGUUCCAAAAAGCCGAUGGCCAUUUUUGAACGUUCGCGUCCUCGUCUGGACCACAGAGCUAAGCCGCAACCGCCAGCUGUGGUGAUCCCGAUGGUGCCACCGCAGGACUCUGUAGCGCUGCUACCCUCCGAUGAGGAAGAACUCUAUCGCAUGCACUGGAAAGUGCGACAACAACUGCGGACCCGUCGUUCCACGCGCAUGCGCAGUGGUCUGGAAAUAAUGCCGCCCACAGCGCGAUUUCGGGAGCUGGAGCAGAUUCCGACGCUGCGACUCAGCAACAGCGAUAUGUCCAAGUGAAAUUGUUUUCAAUUGUUUGCUGCACGCCCCGGUUAGGAGUUAAGGAGAGACACUGACUUUAACCACCGCCCAACUUCAAAUAAAGUAUCCAUGCAAUGGGGACCGAAUCCAAAAUUUAAAAGAAAAACGUGAUCCUUUUACAGAAACAAUAAUUUUAGUCAGCAAAUACAAACAUACACAUUC